AUGAAUACACAGAUUCGUACUAGUCAGCCUGGAUCAUUUACCCCUUCACCGCUUCAAAUGUCAACAAACGAUGUAGCAGUGCCUUCACCUCUCAAGCAUUCAGCUGCCUCAUCUCAUCAUCGCUCGGCUGACGCCAACGCAUAUACGCCAGAUAUACGCUCUAAUGACAGUAAUUACUCCUCUACAAACAAUAUGUCUAGUCUGAGCGACAGAUUGUGUGAAGUCGACUUUGAGUCACCUGCCAAGAUCUUUCAAAACAAACAUGCCUUCCAUCAAUUUGAAAAUGUCACUCCAGACAUCUCAACGCCUGGCACACCUCCCAUUGCGCCUAGUGCACGAUUCGGCUAUGAAUCAGCAGACAACAUUGCUUCAUCAGGCGCUCAUACACCAAGCAGCCAACAUUCGCCUUCAUCAGCUCACACACCUCGCUCCAUGUCUCCAGAGUCCAGUGAAGAUGCAACUCACCAUAAACAUCACCAUAAACACCACCACACCAACGCUAAACCCUCUCAGCCGCCUUCCAAACCUGCCACUGAAGCAUCCAGUGCAACAGAAUACACUUCUUCCUCUACAAGACCCACUUCAGCUCUCGGAUCUGCUACCAUUUCUCGCACAAACACACCUGCUCAAUUUGUGUUUAAAAAGCCAGAAUAUAAUAGCCAUUAUCAUCACACACAUUUUCAUCAUCUAGAAAAGAAGGAUACCAUAUUCCACGAUCUGAAGCGAAUUUUCAGAAAGAACCAGGAUAAAAAGAAGAAGAAACAUCUGCUAGAUGAUGCAUCGAGUGUUCGUAGUAGUGGUUCAUCUGUUUAUAGCAGACAAAGUGAUUUAUCCUUUGCAAAUGAAUUCAACAAGAACCUGGAAGGACGAUACGGCAAAUGGGGCGAGUUUGUUGGCAAGGGAUCAGGUGGAUCUGUCAGAAUCAUUCGUCGUAACACAGACGGAAAGACAUUUGCAGUAAAGGAAUUCAGAAAGAGAGCACCUGGUGAGAACGAGAAGGAAUACGUAAAGAAGGUGACAGCCGAGUUUUGCAUUGGUUCUACACUGCACAAUUUCAAUGUGAUUGAAGCACUGGACAUUAUUCAAGAAGGGCAAUCGUUUUACGAAAUCAUGGAGUAUGCUCCCAACGAUCUCUUCAACAUUGUCAUGAGUGGAAAAAUGGCUCCAGAUGAAAUCUCUUGUUGCUGGCGCCAACUAUUGAACGGUGUCAAAUAUCUGCAAUCCAUGGGUAUAGCGCAUCGUGAUCUCAAACUGGACAACAUGGUAUUGGACGAACGAGGUAUCGUGAAAAUCAUCGACUUUGGUUGCGCUACGGUUAUCAAGUAUCCAUUUGAAGACCAUGUCCAUCUUAGCAAAGGCAUUUGCGGUUCUGACCCUUACAUUGCGCCUGAACAGUACACACAAAAGGAGUACGAUGCUCGCAAAACAGACUUGUGGUCCUGUGGUAUCAUCUAUAUCUGUAUGACAAUUCGACGCUUCCCUUGGAGACUGCCUCGUCCUGAAAAGGAUCAAUCAUACAGCAAUUUUGUGCAACCAAAUAACAACGGUGCAGAGAAGCUGUUCAAGUUAUUACCUCGUUACGCAAGACCUAUCAUUUCUCGGAUUCUACUUCCAGAUCCUGAGAAGCGUUGUCUGUUGGAGGAUGUGCUAGAUGAUUCAUGGGUGAAGAGUAUAGAGACUUGCUCUCCUGAACAGCCAGCUGAAAAUCAUCCUCACCAUCUACUUUUUGAACCCUCGAAGCAAAUUAUAGAACGUGGCAAUAUCAUUGUUUUACCUGCCCCCAAAAAGGAAGAAGAUUCUACUACUAACACGCCUGCUGUCGAAAAAAAGAAAAAGACGCCAGAUCACCAUAAUCGCUCAAAAAAGUAG